UUUUUAAGAAAAAAAUCUUUUCCAUGUUUCCUGCUAGGACUUGUUUCUUUCUUGCUUCAAAGCGCUUCUAUGUGACAAAGCCUCUUCUUAAUUUUGGGGCAAUUGGAGGUGUUGACUUUGGCAAGGCUACUUUUGCGUCUGCUGUUUCUAAAGGAGAUGGACAUCAUGACGCUGAAGAACAUCACGAAUACUUCCAUGGUGUUCCGAUAGAGCCAAAUCCUGGACCUCCAAUUACUUUUGAUUAUUUUCCUGUUCCGUGCAAGCCGUAUAAGCCUGUCUAUGACGAACUUCAACGCAAAUUCAAUUUGUGGUUGUUAGGAGGACUUUCUGUUUUUCUCUUCUCGUUGUACAUGAUUUAUGCUACGGAUGCUACAGAAUAUGAGGCUUGGGCUAGGGUAAAAAGUUGGCGUGAUCGAAAGAGAAUUAAUGCUGAAUUGCGUGCUAAGGAAGCUGCUGGAGAGAAGGAAGAAUAA